AUGGCCACCCACACACCCGGUCAAUGGUCAGUUUCUCCCGAGGAAGGGCGGGGGCCUGAACUGGAGGGAGCCUGUGUCCUUGUCUCCUCGAACAAGGCUGAAGGAAAGGGACGGGCAGAGGCCGCUUGUGGAGGUCUAAAGUACGAGAGUUUAAAUGGGCCGCCAACGUUCCAAGCGUCGUGCUGGGAGGGAGAGAAGCAAACCAGUACUUCGUUACCUCCCUCUCAGCCCGGUCCCCUCGGUAGACUGCGCCUGCGUAUUCCCCCCACCCUCUCCUACUGUUCUCCUCCUUCCCACGGCGCCGCCGCAGGCCCUAGCUGCAGGAGGACUGAGGUCAGUCCUCCUGGGCGCGCAGGGCCGGCUGGGAACUUCUACGCCCAAAAGAUGGCGCCUGGAAUUGUGUCACCAUUUAAGAGAGUUUUUCUAAAAGGAGAAAAGGGUCGGGAUAAGAAGGCCCAUGAGAAGGUCACAGAAAGACGCCCUCUUCAUACUGUGGUGCUAUCUCUGCCUGAUCGAGUUGAACCAGAUAUCCUGCUUAAUGACUACAUUGAAAAGGAAGUAAAGUAUUUAGGUCAAUUAACAUCAAUCCCAGGAUACCUGAAUCCCUCCAGUCGUACUGAAAUUCUGCAUUUCAUAGAUAAUGCAAAGAGGGCUCAUCAGCUCCCGGGGCACUUGACCCAGGAACAUGAUGCUGUGAUCAGUCUCUCUGCCUACAACAUAAAGCUGGUGUGGAGAGAUGGAGAAGACAUCAUACUCAGGGUUCCCAUCCAUGACAUUGCAGCAGUUUCCUACAUCCGGGAUGACUCAUCGCACCUCGUGGUGCUGAAAACAGCUCAGGACCCUGGAAUUUCCCCUAGCCAGAGCCUGUGUGCAGAAGGCUCCAAAACCCUCACCUCAGGCUCCCUGUCCGAAAGUGGAGUGGUACCGGUGGAAGCAUGCUGCUUGGUAAUCCUGGCUACAGAAAACAAAGUGGCCGCAGAAGAACUCUGUUCCCUACUCAGCCAAGUCUUCCAGAUUGUUUACACAGAGUCCACCAUAGACUUCUUAGACCGAGCAAUAUUUGAUGGGGCCUCUACGCCCACACGCCAACUGUCCCUGCACAGCGAUGACUCUUCUACGAAAGUGGACAUUAAAGAAGCCUAUGAAAGUGAAGCCAACCCUUUCUUUUUGAAAUUACCGGAUGCAGGUGCCACCUCAUCUUCUUCCUACACACAGCCAUCUCCUCACAUCAAAACAGUCAGCGAGAGUGAGCUGAGCACCACGGCCUCUGAACUCCUGCAGGAUUACAUGAUGACGCUGAGAACCAAGCUGUCAUCCCAAGAGAUCCAGCAGUUUGCCAUGUUACUGCAUGAGUACCGAAAUGGGGCCUCCAUUCAUGAGUUUUGCAUCAACCUACGGCAACUUUAUGGAGAUAGUAGGAAGUUCCUGUUGCUAGGUCUGAGGCCCUUCAUCCCAGAAAAGGACAGUCAACAUUUUGAGAACUUUCUGGAGACAAUUGGAGUAAAGGAUGGUCGGGGCAUCAUCACUGACAGCUUUGGAAGGUACCGGCGGGCAAUGAGCACCACAUCCAACUCGACCACCAACGGGAAUGGGGCCGCAGGCAGCUCAGAUGACCAGUCCGCACCAUCAGAAGGGGACGAGUGGGACCGCAUGAUCUCUGAUAUCAGCAAUGACAUUGAGGCACUGGGCUGCAGCAUGGACCAGGACUCUUCAUGAGGAAGAAGCUUGGAGGAGGGGAUGAGAAAGCUCUCAGAUCUCCAAGGGGCCUUCCCCUCCUUAUCCUGGUCCUUCCUCAGAAAAGGUUCUAGGGGACCAGCUGUCAUGUUGAGCCCUUUGUUUCCUUCUUUAGUGGUGGGAAGCAGGUGGUGUCAUUAGAUAGCAUGGGUGAGCUAGGACCCUUCUACUGUGAAGAAAUGAAUGUGUGGUAAGAGGAGGAGGGGUAUUGGGUGCCAGGAAUAGAGGAGAGCCUUGCAGUCAUCCAAACUGUCCAUGUUCCUUGCUCCUGGGUGGGAGUAUGUCAGCCAAGGUAUGGCAGAAGGAUGGGAAAAGGAGCCACCUUGGUGAAGGAAGUGGUUUCCUUUAGUUCCCCUGGACAGUUUACAGUUUUGCACAUGAUGUUCCUGUUGUAACUCUCAGAGACCUUUUUUGGAAAAUGAAGUUUAUCACAAUGUGAAUAAUUUAAAUCUCUUGUUGUCAGACACAUUUCUAGUCUAAAUGAGGAGGUUGUGUGUACGGAGAGAAGUAGUUUUUAGGUGGUAGGCAUGUCCCAUUUUAAGUGGUUGCCCAGGGGUGCUGGAAAAGGCGGCUGGGCUAUCUGGAGAAUGGCACUCAGGAGUUUUUUUCUGCUGACUUCU